GGUAAACCAAGACCCAAAAUCAUCUGGAUGAAAGAUGGACAACCUCUAGACUCUAAAGAUGUGGGAAUUCGGAACAGCAACACGGACACAAUCCUUUUCAUCAGAAAGGCAGAGCUUCAUCACUCAGGAGCAUAUGAAGUCACUCUUCAGAUAGAAAACAUGACUGAUAAAGUUGCUAUAACAAUGCAAAUCAUAGACAAGCCUGGUCCUCCUCAGAAUAUAAAGCUAGUAGAUGUUUGGGGAUUCAAUGCAGCCCUGGAGUGGUCACCUCCACAAAAUGAUGGCAAUGCACAGAUCUUGGGCUACACAGUCCAGAAAGCUGACAAAAAGACAAUGGAAUGGUAUACUGUUUUUGAUCACUAUCGUCGCACAAACUGUAUAGUGUCAGACCUGAUUAUGGGAAAUGAGUAUUUUUUUCGAGUCUACAGUGAAAAUCUGUGUGGACUGAGUGAAACUGCUGCAACCACCAAAAAUCCUGCCUAUAUCCAGAAAACAGGCACUACUUAUAAGCCACCUAGUUACAAAGAACAUGACUUCUCCGAACCUCCUAAAUUCACUCACCCUUUAGUAAACCGUUCUGUGAUUGCAGGAUACAACACCACACUCAGCUGUGCUAUAAGAGGAAUCCCCAAGCCAAAGAUAUUCUGGUACAAAAACAAAAUGGAUCUCUCUGGGGAUGCCAAAUACCGCAUGUUCAGUAAACAGGGUGUGUUGACCCUGGAGAUCCGGAAACCCACUCCAUUUGACAGUGGCUGUUAUACCUGUAGAGCUGUUAAUGAGUGUGGUGAAGAUGAAAUAGAAUGCAGACUGGACGUCAGAGCACCUCAGUAAAACUCUGAAUCUUGAUUC